CUUGGUUUCAUUAAGGAUUCAACAAGUUCUUGAAGACUAGACUUGGAAUCAACAUGGCUGCCAGUUUUACUAAAGAUACCAGCUAUUCUGGGAUGAUGAAAGUGGGUGCUGCUGACAUCGCUGUGGUUGUUGUCUACUUUAUCUUUGUAAUGGUAGUUGGGAUUUGGUCGUCGUUCCGAGCCAAUCGCAACACUGUGGGAGGUUACUUCCUGGCUGGCCGUUCUAUGACCUGGUGGCCUAUCGGAGCCUCUCUGAUGUCCAGUAAUGUUGGCAGUGGUUUAUUUAUUGGUCUAGCAGGAACAGGAGCAGCAGGAGGCAUCGCCGUUGGAGGAUUUGAAUGGAAUGCAGCUUGGGUUCUUGUGGCUCUGGGCUGGAUCUUUAUCCCUGUCUACAUCUCUGCUGGUGUGGUAACUAUGCCUGAAUACCUCGCCAAACGCUUUGGAGGCCAGAGAAUACGCACAUACAUGUCUGUUUUGUCACUCAUCCUCUAUAUCUUCACUAAAAUAUCUACAGACAUCUUUUCAGGGGCGUUGUUCAUCCAGGUUUCUUUGGGUUGGGAUCUCUAUCUAUCAACUGGCAUCCUGUUGCUGAUCACAGCUGCUUACACUGUGGCAGGUGGUCUGGCAGCAGUCAUCUACACCGAUGCACUCCAGACAGUGAUCAUGGUUGGAGGAGCCUUUGCUCUUAUGUUCAUAGCAUUCUCCAGAGUCGACUGGUAUGAAGGACUGGUUGACCGUUACAUGGCGGCUAUUCCCUCAGUGACAGUUAAUAAUACCAGCUGCCAUCUGCCUCGUAGCGAUGCCUUCCACUUGUUCAGAGAUCCUGUUUCUGGGGAUUUACCGUGGCCAGGAUUGGUGUUUGGGCUGACUGUACUGGCCACCUGGGUGUGGUGUACAGAUCAGGUUAUCGUCCAGAGAUCUCUUUCAGCAAAGUCUUUGUCUCAUGCAAAAGCUGGCAGCAUUCUGGGUGGCUAUCUCAAACUUCUUCCCAUGUUCUUUGUUGUUAUGCCAGGCAUGAUCAGCAGAGCACUGUUUCCAGAUGAGGUGGGCUGUGUGGAUCCAGAUGUUUGCCAGGAUGUAUGUGGAGCUCGGGUUGGUUGCUCCAAUAUCGCCUACCCUAAACUAGUUGUGGAGCUAAUGCCUGUGGGUCUUCGUGGUUUGAUGCUAGCAGUAAUGUUAGCUGCCCUGAUGUCAUCGCUGACCUCCAUCUUUAACAGCAGCUCAACUAUCUUUACUCUGGACCUGUACCAUAAAGCCAGGCCUAAAGCCUCUGAGAGAGAACUCAUGAUUGUUGGAAGGGUGUUCAUCCUGGUUUUGGUAUGUGUUAGUCUGCUGUGGAUUCCCAUCAUCCAAACAGCCAAUAGUGGACAGCUUUUUGAUUAUAUCCAGUCAGUGACCAGCUUUCUGGCACCACCUAUUACAGCAGUGUUCCUAAUGGCUAUCUUUUGGCCACGUGCCAAUGAGCAGGGUGCUUUCUGGGGUCUGAUGGCUGGACUAGUGGUGGGUGGGGUUCGUAUGGUUCUGGAGUUUUCCUAUACGGCUCCUUCCUGUGGUCAGAAAGAUGAUCGUCCUGGUAUCCUGGCUGAUGUCCACUACCUGUACUUUGCACUCAUCCUGCUGGCACUCACAUGCCUGGUUAUUGUUGCUGUCAGCUUGGCCACCGCUCCAAUAUCUGAAGAACAUCUUUACAGGCUAACCUGGUGGUCUAGACACAGCCAAGAGCAGCGUAUUGACCUCUCAGGUCCCCUGGACAUCCCGGAAGCAACAACCUCUGAAUCGAGCUCCGACUCAAACCGUUGCAAUUGCAGUUGCCAACCAAAUACAUCACGGUGGUCUAGGGCGGUUCUGUGGAUCUGCUGUCUGACAGACAGGAAUAAUGGUCCUGUGUCUGCAGUGACAGAGAACAAUGAACUGAACUCCCUGCAUGAGAAUCCCUUCUGGUGCAAUGUCUGCAAUUUAAAUGCCCUGCUACUGCUGGCAGUCAAUGUGUUUCUCUGGGGAUACUGGGUUUGAUGUGCAGGUAGUUGUUGAAAGUAAGGUAUAACUCAUGUCCCGGGCUGGAUUUUGGCUUGUGGAAAUGUUUCGAUUGGUUAAAAGACUGUCAGUGAGUGAAAAUGUAUCUAUUUUGCUGGAGCCGUGUUCUGUAUUAUGAACUGUGUAUUUAUAAUUGCCUCAUUCUUGUGGUUAGCUGGUGUGUAAUUACUCAAGUUGUCCUUGACUAAAUUCUUAAAAACAAUAUAUAUAUAUAUAUAUAUAUAUAUA